AGAGAUGUGAUCAUAUUUGCCCUUUGGAAUGAUAAUUUUAGUGGGAGACAGUAGAUUGAGGGGGAUGAGGAUGGGAUUCUUCAAUAGGCAACUAGAAGUGAUGAUCACCUGAAAUAAAAGCAGGGAAGAACUGUUGUGUUUCGCUGCCAUUUCCUUUUGUGCUAAAAUCAGAGUUAAUCAUGAAAACUGUGAUGUGGAGAGGGAGAGGAGUUGUCAGAUUGUCUCUUUUCUAAUUAAUUUUUUUUUAUCCAAGUAGUGCAUGUAUCUUCUUCACAAUGUUAAAUAGCAUAAGACAUAGAAUAAAAGCCAAUGUGCACUGUACCACAUCCCAUUACCCCAGUCUUACUCCUUAAAGGCUACCACUUUCACCCCUUUAAAUGUUUCUUCUGGGAUUUACCUCUAUGAUCUAAAUAAGGGGCCACAUCUGCUGCAAGUAACAAAAUAAACCAAUUUGAAAAUAUCUUAAAUAAUAACACUUAUUCUCACAACAGGAAGUCCAGGCUGGACAGGCUUCAGACACCAUAUUUGCUUCCAUCUCAGCUGGCUCCUCAUCACGAUCAUAAGAUCAAUGCCUCUGUUCCAAGAAUCACAUGAAAAAACUCCAUUGUAAGAAGAAGGACCAUUGUUCUUGCUGGAGUGUACUGAUGAGAGGCAUCCUUGAACCAAAGUAACGGAGAGUUCAUUAUUCUCCAGUCAUUUGCAGCCAGAAUUGUGGAAACUUCAAGGCGAGUUUUGAAAACCACCUGCUUGAGCACUCCAAGUUGAGUUCUGGAAGCCGGGCAGUCCAGGAUCAAGGCACCAACAGAUCUGGUCUCUGGUGACGUCCUGCUUCCUGGUUCAUAGAUGGUCACCUUCUCCUGUGUCCUUGCGUGACAGAAAGAGUUUUGAUACCAAAGAGACUCCUUAAUAAACGUUCUGCUGGCUAAAUUUCUACCUCCUAGGAAACCCAACCCAUGAUGACGAUUGAAUAACACCUUUAAGUACUGAAAGAAGUAAAGCUGUCAACCCAGCUUCUAUAUGCUACCGGAUUAUCUUUCAAAAAUGAAGAAAAAUAAAGAUGUUUUCAGAAGGACUAAAGCUAAGAAUCGGUGUGUUGUGCUGUAAGAAAUACUUAAGGGACUUCUUCAAGUGGGAGAUGAAUGACACCAGAUGAUAACUUGGAUUCAAUGGAAGGAAUAAAGAGCACAGGAAAUGGUCCUGGAAGGAGCCUUGACCUAUUGAUAUGGUGGAUGACAUGGAUUGAUUUCUGGAUGUUGAACCACACCCUUGCAUACCACUUCAUUAAGGAAAAUAAAAAGUAUUUCAAGCGUAGUGAACUUGCAAAAAAAGAAGAGGAAGCAUAUUUUGAAAGAUGUGGCUACAAGCCAAUAAAUGAGAAGCCAUCUGGAGAGAUACAGCCGAAAGAGGAGGACCAGAAACCAUUAACUUCUUCCAACCCAGUGCUAGAACUUGAACUGGCAGAGGAAAAGUUACCCAUGACUCUUUCUAGGCAAGAGGUUAUCAGAAGAUUGAGAGAAAGAGGAGAACCAAUCAGACUGUUUGGAGAAACUGAUUAUGAUGCUUUUCAGCGUUUAAGAAAAAUAGAGAUCCUCACACCAGAAGUUAACAAGGGAUUGAGGAAUGAUCUGAAAGCAGCUUUGGAUAAGAUCGACCAGCAGUACCUCAAUGAGCUUGUGGGUGGUCAGGAACCUGGAGAGGAAGACACACAGAAUGAUUUGAAAGUUCAUGAGGAAAACACCACAAUUGAAGAGUUAGAGGCAUUGGGAGAAUCUUUAGGAAAAGGCGAUGAUCAUAAGGACAUGGAUAUCAUUACCAAGUUCCUUAAGUUUCUUCUUGGUGUUUGGGCUAAAGAACUGAAUGCCAGAGAAGAUUAUGUGAAGCGCAGUGUGCAGGGCAAACUGAACAGUGCUACUCAAAAACAGACUGAGUCCUAUCUCAGACCCCUUUUCAGAAAGCUACGGAAAAGGAAUCUUCCUGCUGAUAUUAAAGAAUCCAUAACAGAUAUUAUUAAAUUCAUGUUGCAGAGAGAAUAUGUAAAGGCUAAUGAUGCUUAUCUUCAGAUGGCCAUUGGAAAUGCCCCUUGGCCCAUAGGUGUCACCAUGGUUGGUAUCCAUGCCAGAACUGGCAGAGAAAAGAUUUUUUCUAAGCAUGUUGCACAUGUUUUAAAUGAUGAGACACAGCGGAAAUAUAUUCAGGGAUUGAAGAGGUUAAUGACCAUUUGCCAGAAGCAUUUUCCUACAGAUCCAUCAAAAUGUGUGGAGUACAAUGCACUGUGAAAUCUGUGUAUGGUGUCUAAGUAACGAGAAACAAGUGGACGUGCUAUAUGGACUUCUGGAAUUCCCAACAGGAAUGAGGGAAGAAUAAUGCGGUUUCCUCUGUUUGAGUUCUACCUAACGCUACUCUCUCGGUUUUAAGAAACGGUGUUGGCUCUCCUGUCACAUCUGGCUGCAAACUGAUUUUUGUGUCAUUUACUUUAAAUAGUCAAAAAAUUAAGUUCUGAAGACUUUUCCUUGAAUUUAAAUGUGGAGACAACUGUCCCAGAAGGGGGUCUAAAAUGACAUCUUCUCUCUGGACCUACAAGCUGGCAGUUAGAGGAUUGAAAAGGAACAUUUGAGGAUGGACUUAAUUUCUUUCUGUAAAAUAUGGUAAUUUUCACAUUGUCUUUUAUGUAGCAUUUAUAAAAAAUAUUUUUAUAUAUUUCAACAAAAAUAUGGAACCGUUUAAUGAAACUUUAUAGUCCUUAAAUGUUGCUGAACUUUUGCCAUCUUGCAGUAGAAUUGGAAUGUAAAUGUUAAUUACUGUUAACUCAAGUGUUGUUUUUCUUGCAUUUCAAGGCUUGCUUUUACCUUCUAAGGAGUGUAAAUUUUAGUAUUUGUCAUCUCUUUGGGACAGAAGAAUUAACAGGAAAUCGCAGUUCAAAAAAGAUGGUAUAUUAUACCAACAGAAGUUUAAAUUAAGGAAGCCGAGUGCCUCAAGGUUCAAGGUGGGGCAGUGGAUUGUCAAGCCAGCCAAGGAUGGGGACGUUGUGACACCAGUGGUUCUUCCCAGACUAGGACUGCCUGUGAGUCUCCCUGUCGCAGGGCCCGCGGUGGACCGCCGCUCCCGGCCCUGUGCCACAGCGCGUAGGAGCAAGGCGCCGGGACUCUGGUCACUGCCUGACACAGUAGGCCAUGGGUCUGAGUUGGCCCAGAUGAGGACUUGUGAAUCUCACACAGUGUCCUGUGCAGCUAAUAGUAUAAUGGUGACGAAUCGCUGCGCUCUGCAAGUUGAGAAGCCUCAGUUAAUAGAGGAAGGUGGGUGAAUGGAACCGACCUGCCCAGGUGGAGUGACAGUGUCGGGUAGCAGUAAGGGGGUGCUCCUGAGUCAGCACUGCCAAGCUGGAGGACCCAGCUCUCCCCCCACAAGUGCGAGACCCUGGGCGUCACUCAGCCUUCUCUGCCUCCUUUUUGCCCCGUCUGCAAACGGUCGCGAGGCCCGGGGGUGUACACCUCAGCGUGCCGCCGUGGUGGUCAAGUCAAAUAAAAUGCUUAGCGUGCUGCCUGGUAAAUGAGAGCUCAGUGGAUACUGGUUCUUGUGUCCUCGUUCCUAGAGUGUUACCGCAGUAGCGUUCCUGAGCCCUGUGCCGAGGGGCGGUGUGUGCUCAAGUCAGGGUAACACCAACGAUGGAGGGGGCGGUGGCAGCAACAGCCAUAGGGGUAGGAGUGGUUACCAAGCAGGGACUGUGUCUGGGCUCAGUGACUGCUCCCGAUUUCAGCCAGUUUGGAGUUGAAAGGGCGAGAGGAUGUGGUGGGAGCUAGAGUCCUCUGAGUCGUAGGUGAGGGUAGCUUCUCAUGGUUUCACGGUCACCUGUUCUGGCUCCUUUGGGAAGGCUCGGGAGCCUCUUGUGGUCACCUGUGUAUGGCCAUGCCUGUCGGAUCAUUUCUGUGGGGUUUCUGCACAAGGUGGCUGGAGCCCGCCGUCCUGAAUUGAAUCAGGCUUACGCCCUACUUUGGUAGGGCGUAGUUUCCCCACUUUGGAAACCAUUUCUUAUGAUUAAAUUAGUUAGGACUUAGGAGAGCUUACUCUAGGGCAAAUGAGAGAGAGACUUUCGUAAAAUAGGAUGCUAGCCUAGAAUGUAGUUUUGUGUCAGACUUGUUGAUAAAUACUGUUGAAUGAAUACUCCCCAAAUUACUUUUCUUUAUUCACAAUCAGACCACAGCAUAGCAGUCUGUUGUUUUCAUGUUGUCUUUCCAUUUGCUGUUAGUUAAUACUCCACAUAAAGAAGAAACUGUAUCAAGUGACACCAAUACCUUCUAAAAUUGAUCCGUAUGGGUAGAAGGUUUGAAAAAAGGUAACCUUCUAUGGUCCUGUGAAUGUUAACCAUUGGGGCAUAGGUAGAGGGAAGCAGGUUCAUAGAAAAGCUUUCCAUUUCCCUGAAAUUAAAGGUCUUCUGUUAAGUGCAAAUAAUCACGUGGCUAUAUAGAACAGUGACCUCCCGCAUUCUCCACAUCAUGAAAAUUUUAGUUCAGCAGAUACGACAUACCUCUGGUUUUAGCUAUUUUUAAAAUAAUAAAGGCAUCCUUUAAAAAUCAUUAAGAGCCCUGAAAUAACCAUUCUUCCCUUUCUUCAUUACUGCCGGCCCAGACUCCUGUCCAAAGGAGUUCUUCCUGGAGUCAAAUUUAAUUAAAUGCUGGUAUUGUCUCACAAGUAAUCCUGUAUUUUCUGGGAGUGUUCUUGCCAAGUGCGAAGACCAAGCAGUAGAUUUUAGCAUUACAGCACAGAGCCUGGGCAGCCUGGAAGCCAGGGCCGUGCUCUCAGUCUUUGGGGAAAAUUAGGAAAAUAAAGUUGAGGCCAAAGACAAUUGCGGGAGAGAGGACGAGAGUGGUCCCAGUCUCCUGAGGAGAAGGGGGGGCGUCCCAAGAGACCCGAGCGGGGAAGGCAGCCGUCCGGAGCCACAGAACUGAGGGAUCUGUUCUGAGCUCAGUGAGAAUUGGGAAGAAUGGGAAAUAGGGUUGACAGCAGAAGGGCUUCUUGGUUUUAAGUCCUUCCGUAUGGUGAUUUCCUGACCUACUCUCACUUCCGGUUGCCCUGGGUUCUGAGCCCCGUAAAUACUUGAGAACCCCAACUGUCUUUUCACUUGAAAGUCGUUUCUUCUGCGAGCAGACAGUUUAGAAAAGACAACAGAAAAGUACACCAGAGUCUUUGGUAGAUUUGAAUUUGGGGAUUCCUUAUCACUGGCUCCUUUUCAGCCACACAGUCACCCCCUUUUAAGGAUUAACACAGGAGAUGGUAGAACUUGGGGCAGUUUCAGUGAAAGGGGGGCGUUAAGUUGCAGUGUCACAAUGGCCUUUGUCAGAGUGUCUUGGAGAUGUGCCUCCCCAGUACGCUCCCAUGAAGCCCCUCGCUGACCAACCUGACCCCGUAGAAAUGUAUGGUAUGGGACAUUUUGGGAGUCCUGAGCUGCAAGCCCUUCCUCACAGCUUUUGAUGUGAGAGUUUCCAGCUGUGUGAGGAGCCGGCACCAGCCCCCCGAGGGUCACCACGGGACUGCGUUACGGCAACUGGUUUUCAUCACAGAGCCUGUAGCUCCGUUGGCUGAAUUCUAACCACACGCUAGUACUUUAAUGGUUAACAGUCUCCUGAACAUCUUUUGAAACUUAAAAACAGGUUCUGGGGGUGCAGAGUAACUGGACGGGGGGAGGGCGGCGUGGCUGGUGGCGGCUGUGGCGUGAGCCGACCCCAUUCAAGAUUUGGGAGCUGUGCUCGUUUAAAAAUAGGUUUUGUACAUUUACCAAAAGAACUUACUAUGAAACUUUGAUUACUUACUCAGCUGUGCCCGUAGUAAACCCCGGGGGGUCCUUGGUACAGCUUUGCUGCAGCUGACUGUCCUCGUGGUGCCCCGCGGGGCUGCUCUGCUGAAGUGGGCGGCUUGGUUUUGUGGGGUCCCGCCUCCCCGCCUUUAAGCACCGGCUUUGAAAAUACUGUCAUCUUUCCCUCACAGCAUUCAGGCUGGACACAUGCUUUCACCGGGGAGAGCAGCUAAGAAGUUUCAGGCUUCCCUUUGAGUAUGAUCGGUGACCUCAGAAGUGUUCACUGAGCUUCCUCCCACGACGGGCAAGAGUCAUUUGGGCAGUCUGCUCUCUGUGCCCUUCUGAACUCCCAGUUUGUCAUUGCCAAAUUGCCUUUCCUGUCCAACUGCUCUGCCUUUGAGACUUAGGAACAAUCGGGAACCUUUAGUGUUGUAGUCGGAGCUUGGCUUGGAGGUUCUGCCCUCCUGGGAAGCAGGAGAGUUAAAGCUGUGGCUUUGGAAACUUUCUGACCACAACUCAAAGUGUAACAGUAACAAAUGCAUGCAUACAUAAAUGCACAUAUAACUGAAACAAAAGCACUCACAUACUCUUCUGUUUCUUCGAAGAAUAUGCUGGCUGUGACUCCAGACAGGCUUACGACGCAUUAACGCACUGGGACCAGUAGUUUGAAAACCACCCAUUAAGGCCACCAAUUAUCAGUGGAGUUAAGGAUGGAAAUGACCUGGUAGAUGAAUUCAGGGCAGAAGGACUCUACUUUACUUUUUUUAAAUUUUUUAAAGCCACCUAGGCGCCCCUAAAUUGUUGAUUUUGUAAAGGCAAACAGGUAUUGGCUUUCAGGGUCACUGCAAAGGUCUAUUACAGAGAAGGUUGUGCUUUCUGGAGAUAGGGCUGAAAGUGGGGUAUGAGGAUUUGGCACAGCUGGGUGCUGGGGAAUAACUAUAUUGUUGAUAACUCUAAGCCCUGAACAAACCUCCAUCCUCCUCCAUGUUUUUUUUUUAAAUUUUUUUAAAAUAACAUAAUUAUUGUUUCAGGGGUACAAGUCUGUGAUUCAACAGUCU